UACCAGGGAGGAUUAGGGAUCAAAUUCCAGACGCUUCUUCCCGGUAAGUUAGCCUCACCUUUGCCUCACCUGAAAGGUAGAGGGAUAUUAUUGAUCCAAACGAUACCCCAGGUGCCACCGGGUUGAGAGAAAGGUCCCUGCGGAUGGGGAUGCUCAGUACUGCCCCCACUCCUUCCCUCAAAGACCCAGCUACCAAUGAGACUAGGUUCGCAAGCAAAGCCGCCGCCUCCUGAUGCUCAGGUCGCUUAGCAACGAAGGACCGGCAAGAAAGGAGCUGUGCUAACCCUCCACAGGCAGGCCGGCAGGUGCACGACGCCAGCUCCCUUCUUGGGGGGGCGGCGGCCUGGGGGCUACCAUGGCCCCCAACCACCUGUCAGUGCGGGAGAUGAGGGAAGAUGAGAAGCCCCUGGUGCUGGAGAUGCUGAAGGCUGGUGUAAAAGACACAGAAAACCGUGUGGCGCUCCACGCUCUGACUCGUCCGCCAGCCCUUCUCCUCCUGGCCGCAGCCAGCAGCGGCUUGCGCUUUGUCCUGGCCUCCUUCGCCCUGGCCCUCCUGCUGCCGGUGUUUCUGGCUGUGGCUGCUGUGAAGCUGGGCCUGCGAGCCCGGUGGGGUUCUCUGCCUCCGCCCGGCGGCCUGGGGGGGCCCUGGGUGGCUGUCCGGGGCUCAGGCGAUGUGUGUGGAGUCCUGGCUCUGGCCCCUGGUGCCAACGUGGGGGACGGAGCCCGAGUCACCCGCCUCUCGGUCUCUCGAUGGCAUCGUCGCAGGGGCGUGGGCAGGAGGCUGCUGGCCUUUGCUGAAUCCCGAGCUCGAGCCUGGGCUGGGAGUAUGGGGGAACCUCGGGCCCGGCUCGUGGUCCCAGUGGCUGUGGCUGCUUGGGGUGUGGCAGGGUUACUGGAGGCCUGUGGCUACCAGGCAGAGGGAGGCUGGGGCUGCAUGGGCUAUAUGCUGGUGAGAGAAUUCAGCAAAGAUCUGUGAUUAUAGACUGUGCCCACUGGGGAGAUGGGUGGAGAACCAGCACCUAAAGAGCACCUACUGUGUGCCAGGCACUUUACAUCCCCUCCCUCAGUGUCUACCCAGUCUGCUGGGCUGACAGGGAGGCGCUGAGGUUGAUGGACUCACAGUGGACCUGCCAGGUGCAAUGGGGACUCUUCUUGGUCCUCUGGGACCACUAGAGGUCACCCUGUCCACUUUUUGCCCCAUAGUUUGUAUGCACUGACAACACCACCAACAAUCCCCCCCCCAAAAAAAAAAAACAACAAAA